AUGUGUGAUGAAUAUAAAGUCGAACACGAAAAAUCCAGUGUCCAUGUAUGUAAAAUGGGUGGGCAUGACAGUAGAUUAAAUAUACAUAAGAUUAAGUCAAUCAUGAUCCCUAUUAGAUUUGAAUCAUUGGAUGAAGCAGAACAAAAGUGUCCAGGUUCUGUUCCACAUGGUGGUAGAUUGGUAGAUUUGUUGUUGAAGGGCGACGAUUUGGUAGAGUUGAAGAAGCGUUCAUUGUCUUUGCCAUCUUUGGUCCUCACUCGUCGUCACCAAUGCGAUAUCGAAUUGAUUUUGAAUGGUGGUUUCUCACCACUCACUUCAUUCAUGGAUGAACCAACCUACAAUCGUGUCGUCGAAGAGAUGCGUCUUCCAUCGGGAAUCCUAUUCCCAAUGCCAAUCACAUUGGAUGUAAAUCAAGAAUUUGUUGAUAUUAUUAAUGGUCUCAAUGUAAAAGAUAUUGCUUUGAGAGACGAAGAAGGAAAUUUAAUUGCAGUUAUGAAUGUUAGUUCGAUUUUUAAAGCAAAUAAAGAAAAAGAAUGUAGAUUAUCAAUGGGAUCGGUCGAUCCAUAUCACCCAGGUGUCGACCAAAUCUUAAAGUCAAAGGAAUAUUAUAUCGCCGGUAAAUUGGAAGGUGCUCAAUUGCCUGUACACUACGACUACAAUUCAUUGAGAAGAACGCCAUUGGAAGUGAGAACUAUGUUGGCCGAGCGCGGUUGGACCAAUGUCAUUGCUUUCCAAACUCGUAAUCCAAUGCAUCGUGCUCAUCGUGAGUUGACUGUUCGUGCCGCCGAGCUCAAUCCAGGUUGUAAAUUAUUGAUUCAUCCAGUUGUCGGUAUGACCAAGCCAGGUGACAUCGAUUAUCACACUCGUGUAAAGUGCUACCAAUCGAUUAUGGGAUCGUACCCAGAGGGAUUGGCAGAGCUCUCUUUGCUACCAUUGGCUAUGCGUAUGGGUGGACCACGUGAGGUCGUUUGGCACGCCAUCAUCCGUAAGAAUUUCGGUGCCACUCAUUUCAUCGUAGGUCGUGACCAUGCCGGCCCAGGAGAAGAUAAGUCUGGAAAGCCAUUCUACGAGCCAUACGAAGCACAAGAGAACGCUUUGAAAUACGAGUCGGAACUCGGUGUAAAGAUCCUCCCAUUCCAAAUGAUGGUCUACGUCGAAGCCGAAGACAAAUACUACCCAGUCGACCAAGUUCCACAAGGUGCAAAAACCUCGAAUAUCUCUGGUACCACUUUGCGUCACUUGCUCAGAACCGGUGGUGAAAUUCCAAAUUGGUUCACCUACGAAUCAGUAGUGAGAAUUCUUCGUCAAUCGUGUCCACCACGUGUCAAACAAGGAUUCACAGUAUUCUUCACUGGAUUCAGUGGCAGUGGAAAAUCGACCAUCGCCAACGCCCUUCACGAGGCACUGUUGGCUGCCAACGAGAGAUCGAUCACUUUGUUGGACGGAGACGUCGUACGUACUUUCCUCUCAUCAGAACUAGGAUUCUCCAAGGAGCACCGUGAUCUCAAUAUUAAGCGUAUCGGUUUCGUCGCAUCGGAAAUCAACAAGGCCGGUGGAAUUGCCAUUUGCGCACCAAUCGCACCAUACGAAGUUGCCAGAAAAUUCGCACGUGACUUGGUAAACAACAACCAAGGUGGAUUCGUCGAGGUACACAUCAGCACUCCAAUCGAAGUUUGCGAGAAGAGAGACCGUAAGGGACUGUACGCCAAGGUGCGUGCCGGUCAACUGAAAGGUUUCACCGGAAUCGAUGAUCCCUAUGAAGCUCCAGUCAACCCAGAACUAAAGAUCGACACAACCGACACUACAGUUUCAGAAUCAGUUAAACAAAUUUUGAGUUUCUUACAAAAAGAAGGUUAUAUCCAAUAA